AUGGAGGAUACAAACAGUGCAGACGAGAGAGAGACAUCCUUAUAUUUAACACAAAUUCAAUAUUUGGACAAGACGCUGGAGGGGUGUCAGCGGAAAUGUGACGAGUUCGAGAAGCACAACGUGAGCCUGAUCUCGCAGAGCAAAGCGCUGAAGGAGGACAAGUACGACAUCUCGGAGUUCCUGAAACACUCCCGGAUUGAAAGGAAGCGGAAGGUGGGCGAGCUUGCUGAGAAGCUGGAGAAUCAGCAGCAGGUUGCAGAACAGUUCCUGAAGGACCUGAAGCUGCAGCAGAGCCUGCAGAUAGAAGAGCUAAAGGAGCAGGUGGACAUUCUGACCUCAGAGACCAGGAGGCAGGCUGCACAGAUUGAGGAGCAAAAGGAGCAGAAGGAGCAGCUCAGGAAACAGCUCAGUGAGCAGCUGUAUGACCUGGAGUCUCUGGAGCAGCAGCCGUUUAAAGAGAAGACGGAGCAUGACGCUGCCAUCGGGAUCCUGAGAUCAGAAGAAAAGACUGAGACGAACAGAUUGUUAGAGAAGACAAGUACGGCGUUGAACGAUAGGUUGGAGAGGAAGACCUCAGAAAUCAUUCAGGAGGAGAAGGCUCUGCACAGCGAGCGGAUGCAGCAGCUGCAGGUGAUAAUGGACGAGAUCAACGCUCUGCUGGAGGAGAGAGACCGCCUGCAAAGCCACGAGACACAUAUCGGAUUACAGAUAGACGACAUGAAUGAAGCCGCUGUGAGGAUUGAGCGGGACAUCUCCACCAAUGAGAAGACAGCCGAGCGGCUGACGGAGGUGUGCCAGCAGCUGAAGUUGAAGAUGGAGGAUUACAGCCUCAUCACGGAGGUCAGGCUGCCUCAGAUUGAGGAUCUCAGGAAAUGUUUGGCCUCAGCAUCAGAGGAGCGCCGUCAGAUGGCAGCGAUGGCGGUUCAGCUGGAGGCGGAGCUACAGAGGGAGAGGAGAAGAGGGGAGCAGCUGGAGGUCGACAUGAAGGAAGCAGUCGUCAUCCUCAGACACAUCCUGACGGACUCGGAGCAGGCAGCAGAGACUCAGCUGUGUCUGAAGCUGCAGGACGUCCUGGAAGGAAACUCCCCCCCGGUGACAGACUCCGCCCUCAGAGACUCGAUUGAGACGAGAAGUGGAGGACGUAAACCGCAGACCACUGACCCUGAACCAGCCAGAGCGGAGACCUUGAAGCUGGCCACAGAUCCUCUGUUCCUGUUGGCCCGCUACAGACCCGGAGACCUCGGCCUCAUACCCCGGCCCACCUGGAAACUCUAG